AAAACAUUAUAACAGUAGCCGUCUCUAUUGACUCUACAGCAUAAACAUAGAACAUAAGUUAAAAGGACAAAAAAAUAUUUUGAGUGUGCAGUGAUUGCUGUGACAGCAGUUAUUAACAUGAGUUUGUUUGUGCUUCUUCUGCUGUCAGGACUUCUGUGCAGUGAUUCUGGUCUUUGGCGAGAGUAUCAGUACAUACACAAGAGUAUGACAUGGACAGAUGCUCAGAGUUACUGUAGAGAGAGAUACACUGAUCUGGCUACUGUAGACUCGAUGGGUGAUAUGAAGAGGAUGAUAAAUUUAGUGAAUGCAACGGAUGGGUACAGAGGAUCAGUGUGGAUUGGACUGCAGAAGGCAGCACAUAAUCGUUGGGUUUGGUCAAAUGGAGAAGAUACCAUUUCACAGUACAGUCCAUGGGGCACAGGAGAACCCUUUGGAAGAGGAGAUUGUGUUUCAAAUAGCAAUAAUGCUUGGUACGAUUGUGGGUGUGAAUACUUCUUACGUUUUGCAUGUUACAAUGAAAGUACUGGAUAUGUCAGAAUAGAUAGUGCAACACCCUGGACAAAAGCUCAAAGUUACUGCAGACGGUAUCACACUGAUCUGGCCACUGUCCACAAUUUUCAAGAGCAGCAACAGCUACAUGCAGUUGUUGGAAAAUGGUUUAGCUUCUGGAUCGGUCUGUUCAAGGACUCUUGGCAGUGGUCUGAUCAGUGGAACCUCACCUUUAAAAACUGGGCAGCAGGACAUCCAUUGGAGAGUUAUGGUGACUGUGUUGCCAUGUUGGUUGCUGAUUCUGGGAAAUGGGUUCGAGACAGCUGUGACCAACAGUACCAUUUCAUCUGCUAUGGAGGCGAGUUUAAGAAAUGA